AGUAUAAUUUCCAUCAAACCGCUCACGCAUGCUCUUCAAAAAUAUUCUCCAUCCGCAAAUCAUUUGACAAAUUUACACCAAUUUCUUAUUAAGGAAUGUUUAUUGACCAAAUGUUAUAGACAAGCACUUCCAAUAUUGGAUAACGAUAUAACUGAAAUUGAAACUUCGGUAAUAUCCGCACCGGCUAUUGUCACUAGUCAAGUUCAAGCUGAAGCGUAUAAAAAGUUUAGUUUAGUUUCAUUGCUGUUGCACGGAAAG